GUUCAACAGUUCGAUCUCUAAACAGUAAAGAACAUUCGAAAAGAAACAUGCGUUUUACGAUCGUUGGGUGCCUAUUGACGGUGUUCUUGGCUAACGCUUUAGCCGGACCGAUAAAAAAGAUUUCUGAGAAGAAAUCGUUGGUAGAAAAUACGAAACUUGAUAAGGAAGCACCAAAGAUCGACGAAAUUGGAACUGACAAGGAUAGAUCGAAGAAAUCAACGACGACUUUCUGCGUUGAAAUCCGACCAGGAAGCAACGAGCCUGUUCAGUGUUCGUGCAAAGAUAAGGAAGCACAUAAUCAACAUUUAGCUGCACAGCAAAUACCUCAGGCAAUUUCUUACGCAGCAACUCAGCCAGCUCAAUUACAACCAGCCAGUCCACCUCAUAGCGUGAACAUUAUUCAUGCACCAGCUCAGCCACCACAAACUUUGAACAUCAUCCAACCAGCGCCAACUCUACACGCCGUACAAUUCCUCCAACCACAAUCACCUCAAGGCCCAUCAAGCGUUCAAACUCUUAACUUUUUGCAACCAUCCGUUCAUAAGUCUGAACCAUAUCAUCAGACUAUUAACUUUGGGGCACCAUCUCACGAAGAAGAAAAACCAUCCAAUCCUAUUCAAUAUGAAAAAAUCAUUGAAUUUCCUUCCGAGCCUACACCUAAUCCAGCUCCAGAACCGAUUAAUGAAAAAGUUGUUCCUGAAUCAACUCCUCAACCAGCUCCCGAAGUAAUAGUCGUUCCUCAACCAGCUCCCGAAGUAGUAAUCAUUCCUCAGCCAGCUCCUCAGCCAACUCCCGAACCAAUUCCUACAAUACUCCCUCAACCAACUCCUCAACCCGAGCAUACCGAUAGUGCUCACAAAUCGGAAGUUCACGUUUCGGUAACGACAGAAGAUAAGAAGAAUCAAGAAGAACACAAAUCUCAACCAGAAUCUUUCCAAAUUCCAGUCGAACCAGCUCACGUGUUACCAUAUGAUCAGAAACCUCAAUCAUACCAAGAACAAGUUGUAGUCGUACCUAAUCCUAUUUUAGUAGAACACCAAGAAAACUGUCCUGCUGCUUUCAUCCAAAUACCAUCGAUUCGAUAUCAACCAUCGGAAUCGGUCAUCCAGUUUCCAGGAUCAUCUUACCAACCAGCAGGAUCAUCUUUUCAACAAGCAGGACAAUUCCAAACUGAGUGCAGUUGCAAACAAACACGCCCAAUAAAUUCAAAUCUUCAUCUAGCUAACCCAUCUUCCUCAUUAAGACAUCAUCAUGAUAAGAACCCACAGAUUGUCCCAAUGGUCAUCUAUCCUCCUCCUAUCCCAACCAUUAGUCCAGCACCAUUAUUAGGUGGUCAUCAAUCGCAUGCACCCUACCACGGUAUGGUUUCUCUUUCUGGUCAACCAUCUGGCCAGCCACCAUUGGUCAUCAGUAUGCAAUCGAUUAGAAACAAGGAGGGUAUGCAAGAAAAAAUGACUGAUAUGACUGGUAUGACUGGUAUGACCGAUAUGACUGGUAUGACAGCUCGUAAUCAUGAUCAAACUUCUAACACGUUGAAUAAUAUUAACUCUGAAGUACAACCCAAGGAUUUUAAUCGUCAAACCAUGACGGGUCUUGAAAAUCGAAACGGACAACAUGACAAGGAAAUGGGCCCGAUGAUGAACGAAGUCACCAGACCGAGAUACAUCAGGGACGAUAAGAAUGCCAAAAUUAUCGACACAUCGGUGGAAACGAAAAAAAUCAACGAAAAAAGUUCAUCGAUUAAGAAAGAUUAAUUUUGAAAAGCCACGACGACGAAUCAACAUUUUACAUUGACUUGGAUUAUUACUUCGAAAUGUGCCAUUCCAAUAAUUUGCUUUUAUCUAAUUUUUCUAAUCCUUAUUUCAGUAUCGUCGUUUUUAAUAUUACGAUCGAUAAGAUGUACAAAUAAAUUAUAAUAAUAUACACAAAUGUAUUAUGA